AAGUGAUAUUUACAUGCUUGCUGGAAGUUACAGUUGGACACUUACCGCCGAUGAUCAGGCAGCCGAUGCGGGCGACUGGGGACUCAUGCUGGUGAAAGGGAACGUCAGUGAGGAGGCAGAAAGUAAAAAAAGGAUCCUUUGGAACGACACUUAUGCUAUCCCGUGGAAUUACAAAGGCAAACAACACGAAUCCUUGACAAAGCUGACUGGCAGCGGUGGAUCGGGUGUUAAGAUGAAUGACGGCACCCUUGUGUUCCCAGUGGAAGGCACGAAAAAGUUGAAUGGCACAGAAAAUGAUGGGAGGACUGUUUCGCUGAUCAUUCACUCCUCGGAUGCUGCGGGUUGGGUGCUGCCGAAGGGGAUGUCUGCCGAUGGCUGCGGUGAUCCCUCCGUCGUGGAGUGGAAGGACAAACUCAUCAUGAUGACUGCGUGUGAUGAUGGCCGCCGCAGGGUGUACGAGUCCGGUGACAAGGGGGAGUCGUGGACGGAGGCCCUCGGGACACUCUCGCGCGUGUGGGGCAACAAAAGGGUUGAAAAGGUUGAUAUCGUUAGGAGCGGGUUCAUCACAGCGACUGUUGGAAAUGAUAAUAAAAAAGUGAUGCUCGUCACUCUGCCGGUGUAUGCCAAGAAAGAUGAGAAAGAUAACGAGGAAAAGAGUGUACUCCAUCUUUGGCUGACGGACAAUACGCACAUUGUUGAUAUUGGACCGGUAUCCGAGAAGGACGAAGAGGACGUCGCCGCCAGCUCCCUGUUGUACAAAAGUGGUGGAAAUGGAGAUACUAAUGAGCAGGAGGAGAAGUUGAUUGCACUGUACGAGAAGAAGGGUGGUGACGACGUAACACCUCACAGUUUGCUCACUGUGCCUCUGAAUAAGCAGCUGGAGAAGGUGAAGGAGGUGCUGGCGGCCUGGAAGGAAGCGGACGACACUGUCUCCAAGCUGUGUGCCACUUUAGUUGCUCGGGAGGUUACCUCACCUGAUAAUGCCUGCAGCGCUGCCAUGCCGGUGGAUGGGCUGGUUGGCUUUUUGUCUGGCAAAUUCUCUAGGAAAACGUGGAGGGACGAGUACCUCGGGGUGAACGCCACAGUACAUAAUAAUGAUGAUGGGGCAACAAAGGCCUCCGAUGGAGUGACGUUCCAGGGAGCGUGGGCGGAGUGGCCCGUUGGCAGGCAGGGGGAGAAUCAGCUGUACCACUUUGCGAACUACAACUUCACUCUUGUGGUGACGGUGUCCAUCGACGGUGAGCCGAAGGAAGAUACCCCCAUUCCAUUGAUGGGUGUGCAUCUGGAGGGUAAAGACAAACUUAUGGAGUUGUCAUAUGACAGUGAAAAGAAGUGGCAGGUGCUUUGCAGUGACGGCAAGAUCAAGAAGCUCAAAAUUACUUGGGAGACACGGACACAGUACCAAGUGGCCAUUGUGUUACGGAACGGCAACCAGGGCUUUGCGUACGUCGAUGGUAAGCGUGUGUGUGGGGAUGUGCAACGUAGCUUGGAUAAUACGGAUUCGAAAGGGAUCUCCCACUUCUACAUUGGAGGGGAUGGAAGCAGUGCAGGGAGCAAAGAAGACGUGUCUGUUACUGUGACGAACGUCCUGCUGUACAACCGCCCGUUGACUUUUUCAGGUGGGAAUGCCGAGGUGGAAGAAGUUACCGAUUCACCAUCAGCGGAUCAGGAACCAUCAGCGGAACCUGCUUCUCCAUUUGUGGCAAGGGAUCAAAAUGCGGCGCCUUCUGCAGGUGAACUUCCUGACGUUCCAGUGGAGCAAACGACCUCGCAGCAGUCUCCACAAAAGAGUGAAACACAAAAAAAUACGAUGGUGCGGGAAUCUGCCGCUACACAAGAAACGCCGGCGAAUACAUCGGAGGGAAGUGUGGAGAAGGCGGCGGCUUCGAAAUCCCAUGCCGCUGGAGAAGCAACAGGUGAUGGCAGCACUGUGAGAGGGAGCGGACUGCUGCCAUCGCUGCUUCUUCUGUUGGGACUGUGGGGGUUUGCGGCUCUGUGA